AGGCCGAAAUGUACUGAAGUGAAACAUAAACUCAUUACGAUCAAGGACAAAAUGCUAUAUAUAGGAAAGUUAAUGAGUAGCUCUAUCUAACAUUAAAUGUAGGGGAUAUUGUGUAUGGACUAUGGAAUACAAAUCGAUAAUUUGAUGUUAGAGGAUUUAAAGCUGUAGAUAGCGAAGCAGAAUAAUAAACCAACAUGUACAAACUUUAUCAGACAGUUAACACAGAAUAUAUAUCUCCGAUCAAAGGAACAAUAAAAGGUUCUAUCCCGAGCUGGGUACGUGGUAGCCUGUUCAGGAAUGGUCCGGGGAUGUACGAAGUCGGUGAACACAAGUAUAACCAUCUGUUUGACCCGCUAGCUAUGCUUCAGAGAUUCCAUAUAGAAGAUGGUGAAGUGACCUACCAAUGUCGUUAUCUACAGAGUGACGCUUACAAGGCGAACAUAGCCGCCAACAGAAUUGUCGUGGCUGGUCUUGGAACGUCAGCCGUGCCGGAUCCAUGCAAAAUGUCUUUCAAAGAUUCAUGAGUUACUUUGUCGAUUCCGCCCCUUUGUCUGACAAUAACCUCAUUAGUUUCUUUCCUUGUGGUGACAAUCUGUAUGCAAACGGCGAAAGCGCUUGUGUCCACAGAAUUGAUCCAAACACUCUUGAUGUCAUUAAAAGGGUCGAGUUAAUCGACUAUAUGCCAAUGAACACAAUGGCUGCACAUCCUCAUAUAGGCCCUGACGGUACACUGUACAGUAUCGGUGUGUCCUUUCAAAAAAGUGGCGUCAAGACUUGCAUAACGAAAACUCCACCCAUACAAGAUCAGGAGUCGGACUUUGUCAAGGGAGAAUCAGUUGCAUGCAUCAAAUCCCCAAGGCUACUUGAUUACAGCUAUGUACACAGUUUUGCGAUGACAGAAAAUUUCUACGUCUAUGUUGAGCAACCCGUUCUUAUAGAUCUCAUCAAGGUUCUAUCCUCUACAUUACGACAGCAACCUUUGGACAAGGUCAUCAGAUGGUCCCCAGAUAUAAAAGCUCGGUUUCGGGUCAUACAUAAGGCCACGGGAGAAGAGUUAUCUGCCAGCUGGAAGCCUGGCGAGAGGAAAACACUCGUCUUUGAGGCAGAUGCCUUUAUGGUGUACCAUCACAUAAACGCAUAUGAGGUAAACGAUCAUCUAGUGAUGGAUCUUGUAGCAUAUUCGAAUGGAGAGCUUUUAGAAAAUGUAUAUUUGAAAAACUACACCUCCGAGCAAUGUGAAAACAUAGCUCGGGCCAUGAAACCUCCGCAAGCUCGACGUUACGUCUUGCCAUUAAAUGUUUCAGCAGAAAAUAUAAAGGAAGAUAAUAUAGUGAAGCUACCAAAGUCAAACGCUAGUGCCAAAGUUGUAGCCAAAUACCUUGUCCAUUGUGAGCACGAGGCCAUUUGUGACGAAGGAUUUGAAAUGCCACAAAUCAACUAUGCGAAAUAUAAUAGUAAGCCAUACCACUAUGCAUAUGGCUUAGGUGUCAACAAUAAGGAGAAGAACCUGUUUUCGCUGGUAAAAGCGGAUGUCCAGGAAAGAACACAUCUUAAGUGGGAGAAAGACGGCUGUUAUCCUUCAGAGCCAGUGUUUGUGGGAAACCCAGACAGAACCACAGAGGAUGAUGGUGUAAUCAUUUCUGCAAUUAACACUGUGGAGUUUGACAAAGGUCGUCACGCAUUUCUGCUGAUUUUGGAUGCCCGAACAAUGUCGGAAAUCGCACGUGCAGAAUUCCCAGAUGUUGAACGCUUUCCACGUGAUUUGCAUGGCUUAUUCAGGGCAGAUGGUUCUUAAACGUUGGCAUUAUAUGCUCGGGAUUGCAUGUAAUAGAUAAUAUGUGUAUAUAUAUGUUUUUGGACCAAUAACUGUCUAGUGCGUUAAACAAUGGUUUUUUCAACGCUCGUGCUUUGAUCAUAUGUUAAUCGUGCGUUCGUUGUAGAAAUAUCAAUUGUAUGUAUACAGGUGUAUACGACUAGGGUAUAAAACACGCAAAUAUAAUAUCAAAUUGUUAAGUAUUAUGUAAUUCACUACAUAGGAACCAAAUUAAUCGGCAGUCAAAGUAUGUGAAGACAUUUAAGGAAUAUUUUAUCAAUUUGAAAAAAGGUUGCAGAAUAUUAACGCUGAUAUAAGUCAUACAUUAACAGUGGAAACAGUGCUUUAAAGUCGCGGCAAAAGACAAAACAAGCGUGACUUUGAAAAAUGGAAAUAUUACUCUAAAAGGUUUAACAGCUGGAUGAAAGCCAUUUAUUUGAAGUGAUGAAGUUUAAACUCUUUAGCUUAUUUGGUAUUCUAUGUUAUAGUUUUAAACUAUAAUCUAAUAACUAAAUCUAUUGUAAUUCGGUAUAUAGGGUAUUUAUAUUGAUUACACUAUAAGAUGUACUGAAGGUUUUUAUAGGAAAAAAUUGUGA